CCACCAGCAUCACCGGAAAAGCAAAGAUGAAAAAAAAUGCCAUCAUUGCUACUUCAUCCUUUACUCUCUUUACAGUCAUAAAGCUCUCAAAAUCAUUAAAAUAAUCAUUUCAAAACACAGAUAUAUUAACAACUAAUACUAUCACUACCUGAUUGAUCUCAUCAAGCUUAAAACAGUUUUUCAAACCCCUCCCUCAUGGCAACCUGGCCUGAAUCACUCCAUCACAAUUCGGUCGAGUUUCGAGCCCCACCGCCAUCACCAAUAGCCUCAGGCCGCCGCUCUUCAGUCGCUAACGACGAGUUUCUGACUGAAUUUCUUCACCACUCGCUUCGUGUACCUGAUCUUAUCCUACCGGAUCGCGUCUCUCCUAGACAAAAAUCUAAGAUCCAGAACCUUCCGAAACUCGAUUACAGAUUUCUGGAUUCGAUUGAAGGUGAUGUCAAUGCUGAGAAUUGUGAGGUGAUUGCACGGACAGGUUGUUUUGAGCUUGUGAACCAUGGGAUAUCAGAUCAACUUGUUCGUUAUGUUUCGAGUUAUGGUGCGGGAAUAUUCGAGUUGUCGCCGGAGAAGAAGGCGGUUAUGUCCAGAUCUGGUGAUCGGAUGUACGGUUUUGUGGAGUUUUAUGGUGAAGAAAAGGAAACAUGUGAAGAAUUUGCGUGGUGUAGAGAUGAUGCUUUUAGGAAGAAAUUGGAUGCAGUUUUGCCUCUUCAGAUAUCAAAUUUCAGCGAAAACGUGGAGAUCCUAACGUCCGAAAUCGAGAAGAUAUGCAAAAUCAUCCUGAAGUUUCUACUCAACAACACCCAAGGAACAAUAUCAGUACCUCACGAUGCUAAAGCAAGCAACAAACAAACUGCCGAAACCAUUUGCUACUUCUACAAGCACCAUCAGGAUCCAAACACAAACCAUAACGAAAAUCACCAAACGAACGCUUUAAAAUACGACAUGAUUCGGAUGCUGAUAAGAGGAUCCCAACAUUCACACACGCUAUGUGUUCACGUAUGCAAUGGAUCCGAGUUUCAUGUCUACUCGAAGAAAGGUUUGGUGUCGUUUUGUCCUGAGAAAGGCGCGUUGGUGAUCACCAUUGGUGAUCGGUUGCAGAGAUGGAGUGAAGGGAGAUAUAAGCAUGUGAUGGGAAGGCCAGUUUUCAAAGGUGAAGGAGAUGAUUGUGUUUCAAUGGCGUUUAUGUAUAAUCCUCCACCUGUUCCUGUACCUGUGAUUAUUUCAGUUGGUCACCAAGCUUUGUUUGUUUUGAUUUUGGCACUUGUUUAUAAGUUUUAUUGUGUGAUUAACUAACAAUGGUUAAAGUGUGGUUGUUUGAUUUGUGAAGUUUCUUGUUAUUUCUUUGAA